AUGGCCAGCAGACUCCGUGUCCCCUCCCUCUCGCCCUCCCCCCUGCUCUUCCUCUUGCUCCCCGCACUGUUGCUCCUCCGCUUGCCCGGCAUGGCGAAGGGGGAUUGCUGGCUGAUAGAGGGGGAUAAAGGCUACGUUUGGCUGGCUAUCUGCAGUCAGAACCAGCCUCCAUACGAGACCAUUCCCCAGCACAUCAACAACACGGUCCAUGACCUGAGGCUGAAUGAGAACAAACUGAAAGCGGUGCUCUUCACUUCUAUGUACCGCUUCACAAACCUGACUGACCUCAAUCUCACCAAGAAUGAGAUCAGCUACAUUGAGGACGGAGCCUUUGCAGGACAAGCCAACCUACAGGUUCUGCAGCUGGGCUACAACAAGCUGACCAACCUGACAGAGGGCAUGCUGAGGGGCCUGGGUCGCAUGCAGUGCCUCUUCCUCCAGCACAACCUCAUUGAGGUCAUUGCCACCAACGCCUUCUGGGAGUGCCCGAGCCUCAGCAGCCUGGACCUAUCUUCCAACAAGUUGGCCCGCCUCGACCCGUCCACCUUCACAGUGCUCAACAGGCUGAUGGUGUGUGAACUUGCGGGGAACCCUUUCCACUGUGGCUGUGAGUUGUACAGCUUCCUCACCUGGCUGGAGGCAUUUAACAACGUCACCCACACCUAUGACCGCCUCCAGUGUGAGACCCCGCGGGAGAUGACAGGUUAUCCACUCCUGAGCCCAGUGCCCGGGCAUGGAAGAAAUGCCCGUUCCAUUCUUUCCUCCAUCUGUCGGUAUGGUAUGAUUAUUCCUGGGAUACCUUCCCUACGGCCAGAUUUAGAUGGUUCAGGAAUGGGCUUAGAUAACCCAGACCAAGGCCUCUAUCACCAGCCCACCAUGUCGUCCACUGCUGACCCAACUUAUAGCCAUCAAAUAUCCAUCAAGCUUCAAGCCGUCUCUCUCUACACGGCUUCUCUAUUGGUGCAGAUCCCACGGCCGUACAGUAAGAUGUACAUCCUGUCCCAGUACAACCAUACCUUUGUUGCCGACAUCAUGCCGCUGAAGAACAAGAAGGAGAUAAUCACUCUGGACAAGCUGAAACCACACACCAACUACACCUUUUGCGUGGCCUCCACAAGCAAAUCCCAGCGCUACAACCACACUUGUCUGUUCUUUGCGACACGGGCAAUGGGGCUGGAUGGCCAGAUAACCAAUCCGUCCACCACCACCCACUACAUCAUGACAAUUCUGGGCUGUCUGUUUGGCAUGGUCAUCGUGCUUGGAUGUGUCUACUACUGUCUCCGAAGGCGACGGAUCCAGGAGGAGAAGGAGAAGGCAAUAAGUGUGAAGAAAACCAUCCUAGAAAUGAGGUAUGGCCCGGAGGCCGCAGCAGCAGUGGCUAAUGACCCAGGUGCUAUGCAGCGUCUCCAGGAGCAGGCCCAUCACCAGCACCACCACUCUGGGGGAGCAGGGAGCAAGCUGCCACCCUCUGCCUCCUCCAGCACUGGCAUGCUCCAUGGCUCAGCCAACACCAGCUCCUCUCGCCUCUCCACAUUGCCCCAGGUGGAGAAAAUGGCUACUGCGUUCUCUGAGGCCAUGGGUACCAAGGGCAACUACAUGGAUGUGAGGACGGGGGGAGCAGCAGGGGAGGGCAGAGAGGGAGGGGUGGUGGCAGGAGGUGCAGGAGGAGCAGGGGAGGUGGUGGUGGAUAUGCGAGGUGGGGCUGAGAAUGGUACAGAGGCUGGGGAGGAUUCGGACGAUGAUGGUCGUGGCUCAGCAUCAGAGAUCUCCACCAUCGCCAAAGAGGUGGACAAGGUCAACCAGAUCAUCAACAACUGCAUCGAUGCACUGAAGCUGGAUGCGUCAGUCAUUGUGACCACCACAGACAACGCCAACCCUGUGUCCUCUGCCCAGCCUCCAGCCUGCAUCACUUCCCUCCCCCGCAACCUCCUACCCCUCUCUCCAGGCCACCCAGGGGACCAAAUCAUGGCCUCCUCCCCUAAGAUGCACUCAAAGCCCCACCCUCAGCCUCACCCCCAUCCUCAGGCUCAUCCUCAACCUCAUCCCCAACCUCACCCCCAGCCUCACCCUCAGCCUCAUCCCCAGCUCCACCAGCAGCCUCAUCCCCCCUCUAUGGCGCCAGUUCCCCUGGUAAUGCCCCUGUCUGAGCGGCCGGGCAUCAGCGGUGGGGGUUUCCUCUCCCCGCCUUACCGAGACCCACCGCCAGCCAAUGCAGUGCGGCCCCUCCAGAGGCAGUUGAGUGCCGACACAGCCGUAGCAGUGAAGAACCGUUGUGGCACCCCUUCCUCAGGGGGGUCUGUCAAAAAUGCCAGGGUGUUCAGUAUGGAUAUCCCUGAGCAGCGCAGCCCCGACCCCUGUAAGUACCCCCAGGAGAAAAGCAGUCCCGUGGGUUGUGGUGGAGGGGGUGGAAGUGGAGGAGGCAGUGGUGGGGUAGGGGGCUGCAGUGGGAAUGGGAUGGGGAAUAUCAACGGUGGUGGAGUGAGCGUGAAUGGGGGCGGAAUGGGAUGUAGUAACGGGGGUGGAGGUGGAGGGGGCCCAACAGGCUCCGGGCAGCAGCACCACCUGGAGGUUCAGCCAGACUACCACAGUUCCGAGCACCGCCACUCCUUCCCAGCGCUUUACUAUGAGGGCGCCAACAACUCACCUUCACCAGCCCAAAAGGCUUCAUUCCUCAAGCCGCUGGGGCGCACCAAGCGGGACGCCACGGCCACUUACUCCCAACUCUCGCCUUCUCGACACCACAACUACAACUCGGGCUACUCUUCCAGUCCAGAGUAUUCGUCAGAGAGCACACUGAGGAUCUGGGAGCGAUUCCGGCCUUACAAGAAGAGCCCCCGCGAGGAAGCCUCCUACAUAGCAGCGGGCCACGCCCUGCGCAAGAAGGUGCAGUUUGCGAAAGAUGAGGACCUCCAUGAUAUUUUGGACUACUGGAAGGGGGUGUCUGCCCAACAGAAGCUGUAA